GGACAAUCUUUCAGCACAAUACACCCAGACACUUCCAGCGCACAUCAUGUCAAGCGACAAAAUGGCAGCGACUGAGAAAGAUUCCAAGAAGAUAAAGCGCAAGCACAAUCCCUCCAACGAAACUGUCAAGUCAUCAGCCGAAGCCGAAUUAAACGGCACCACCGAGAAGCCUAAGAAGCAAAAGACCGCACACCGUAAAAAGGACGAGGAUGCAGAGGAUGUGCCUCAGAAUGGAUUCGACGAUGUUGAAAAGUCGAUUAAGGAAGUGAACAAGGAGGAUGAAGAAGAGAAGGGUCACGAGGAGGAGAAAGAAAAUCAGCUUGAAGACCUACCAUCCGCCAAUGCUUUGUCGCUACCACAGACCGGCGAUUCGCUACCCACGAAGUUUACGGAGCUGAAUCUAUCGGACCGAACACUGGAGGCGAUCAAAGAAAUGGGAUUUGAGACAAUGACCGAGAUUCAACAACGAGCAAUCCCCCCAUUGAUGGCUGGUCGCGAUGUUCUCGGUGCUGCCAAAACUGGAUCUGGAAAGACACUGGCUUUUUUGAUACCCGCAAUCGAAUUACUUCACAGUUUAAAAUUCAAGCCCAGAAAUGGUACUGGUGUUCUUAUAUUGUCACCCACAAGAGAAUUGGCGCUUCAAAUUUGGGGUGUGGCUCGUCAGUUGUUAGAAAAGCACUCUCAGACUCACGGCAUUGUCAUGGGAGGAGCCAAUCGACGUGCAGAAGCCGAGAAAUUGGAAAAGGGUGUUAACCUCUUAGUCGCAACUCCGGGUCGUUUGUUGGAUCAUUUGCAGAACACCAAAGGCUUUGUGUUCAAAAAUCUGCGUCAGCUCGUUAUCGAUGAAGCAGAUCGCAUUCUCGAAAUCGGUUUCGAAGACGAAAUGAAGCAAAUCAUGAAGAUCCUUGGAAACGGAGAGCGACAGACAUCUCUGUUUUCUGCCACACAAACUACCAAGGUCGAAGAUCUGGCGCGAAUCUCGCUGAAGCCUGGCCCGUUAUAUAUCAAUGUUGUUCCACGAAUGGAGAACGCGACAGUCGACCGAUUGGAGCAGGGAUAUGUUGUGUGCGAACCAGACAAACGAUUCCUCCUGCUUUUCUCAUUCCUUAAGAGGAAUUUAAAGAAGAAAAUCAUUGUUUUCCUUUCAAGCUGUAAUUCCGUCAACUACUACUCUGAAUUACUGAACUAUAUUGAUCUUCCGGUCCUUUCUAUCCACGGCAAGCAGAAACAACAGAAGCGUACUUCUACUUUUUUCGAAUUCGUCAACAGUGAAAGAGGUAUUCUCAUCUGUACCGAUGUUGCCGCUCGAGGUCUCGAUAUCCCUGAGAUUGAUUAUGUUGUCCAAUACGAUCCUCCUGAUGAUCCUCGUGAUUAUAUCCAUCGUGUCGGUCGUACAGCACGUGGCGCCAAAGCUAAAGGUCGCAGUCUUAUGUUUCUGCAGCCAUCUGAGAUGGGCUUUCUCACUCAUUUGAAAGAAGCGAAGGUGCCAGUGGUGGAAUUCGAAUUCCCCCAGAAGAAGAUUAUCAACGUUCAAUCACAACUCGAGAAACUCAUCUCGCAAAAUUACUACCUCAACAAAUCCGCCAAAGAAGGCUACCGCUCUUACAUUAAUGCCUACGCAUCCCACUCCCUCCGCUCUGUGUUUGAUGUUAACAAACUGGACCUCGUCAAAAUUGCCAAAAGCUUCGGUUUCUCAACCCCACCACGCGUCGAUAUCACACUAGGUGCAAGCAUGAGUAGAGAUAAGAAGGUGCAAGGACGACGAGCUUAUGGAAGUCAGCCUAAGCAAGCCAACCGCUUCAAGCGAAAGCGUGAUGAAUAGAUAUGCUUCUGGAGUGUACUGCAAGUCAAGGUGGAGAGUUAGUGACAAAAGUUUGUUUGGAAAAUAUGGGCAUAUAGGUUGGAGUUUGGCGCAGAAGCAGUUUAUAUUGUACAGAAAUGGAUUCUUUGCACUGUGCGGAUAACUAGCAAUAUAGAGUCUUCAGGGGGCUGUAUAAA